CCGCCGUGCAGGGUCGAGCCGCGCUCAGGGACGGGCGCAUGGCCCGGGCUCGUGCGUGCCCGCCACGGCUUCGCCUCCUGGCGCCGGGGCCGCCCGCGUCCGCGUCGCCCCCCUGCCCCCAUCCCUCCGCUUCGAUGACACAGCGGCCCGGCGCGGAGGCGCAGGGCGGAGCUAGGUCUCUCCACCGGCGGCCCUGAGGUGAAAGGAGGCGGCUUCCCUCCCUCACCCGACCGGAGCGGGCGGGGAGACGGGGAGGAGAUCGUGUUAGACCCCGCCCCCGCUCCUCCCCUCCCGCGGUGGCUGCUUUGCUCCCGGUUCAGUGGUCCCUAUCAUCGCCGGGCUCUGCUUCAGCGCCGGGACCUGCGCCUGGAGCUAAUAGGAGGUGAACUGCGUAUCCUUUCAGUAACCUUCUGUUCAACUUGGAGUGCUGCGGUUCAGCAACGGAACAGAUGGAUAAUGGAGACUGGGGCUAUAUGAUGACUGAUCCAGUCACGCUAAAUGUGGGUGGACACAUGUAUACGACAUCCCUCACGACUCUAACGAGAUAUCCUGACUCAAUGCUUGGGGCCAUGUUCAGGGGAGACUUCCCCACUGCCAGGGACUCUCAGGGCAAUUACUUCAUUGACAGAGAUGGACCACUUUUCCGUUACGUUCUUAACUUCUUAAGGACCUCAGAGCUAACUUUACCACUGGACUUCAAGGAGUUUGACCUACUUCGGAAGGAAGCAGACUUCUAUCAGAUUGAACCGCUGAUUCAGUGUCUCAAUGACCCCAAGCCUCUGUAUCCCGUGGAUACCUUUGAGGAGGUGGUGGAGCUGUCCAGCACCCGCAAGCUGUCCAAGUACUCCAACCCGGUGGCUGUGAUCAUCACGCAGCUCACCAUCACAACAAAAGUCCAUUCGUUACUGGAAGGCAUUUCAAACCACUUCACGAAGUGGAAUAAGCAUAUGAUGGACACCAGGGACUGCCAGGUUUCCUUCACUUUUGGGCCGUGUGAUUACCACCAGGAAGUGUCGCUCAGAGUCCAUCUUAUGGAGUACAUCACAAAGCAAGGCUUCACGAUCAGGAACACCAGAGUUCAUCAUAUGAGCGAGCGUGCCAAUGAAAACACAGUGGAGCACAACUGGACUUUUUGUAGACUGGCACGGAAAACAGAUGACUGAUUCUCACUCCACUGGAGCCAUUUCAGUGAUUAGUGACUUAAUUGAACAGUAAAGCCAAGAGAGUCUGGAUUUUGGCUAAAGCAACAAUGUGGGCUUUUUUUUUUUUUGUAUACGAGUAUUUAUUGUUUAUCAUUAAGGACUGGAGAAGUUUCAUUCUCUAGCAGCUCUGUCCUUUCAUCCUAUUCAGAAUAAAAACAUGCAUGUGCCUGUUCAGUCAAGACACCUUUUUGUUUGAAAGAGGGAGUCCGAAGAGUUAGUACAGUAGGGUAUUUUGUGUCAUUAACACAAUUCUGACGCAACUUAAAGUGCUAAAAUUACCUCAGUUUAAAUGGUUUCUAAUCCAUCUAACGCUCUGCCACUGGGAACAAGAAACAAACAGAGUUUAAGGGGCAGAUGGCAAAAAGCUGCUAUCACAUAGACUAAUUUAGCUUCUAAAUCAAUAAACAGUAUUGUAAUAUUCUAGGAAAACAAAUCCCACCCUUUAAAAGUACUUGAUAAGUACGGUUUCUUACAGUUAUGACAACUGUUUCUUUCUAUGCAUAUAGAUCAAGCAACCAAAUACUAUCUGUAGCCAUGGAAGUAUGAUUAGAAAUAUUUAUAUUGGAAUCUGAAUGCAAAAUGUCCCUGUGGUAGAAUUCAUAUUUUUAAUGCCUGGUGCAAUAUUAUUCCCAAGUGUAAUGCCUGCCAGCAAGAAGCUAAUAAAAAUGUGAAAUAUAGAA